CAGUAAAUCUAAAUAUUGGUUAUGAGUAAUCUUAUUUCUUCUAUUUUAGAACAGUUGAGUAGAUUUGCUGGAUUUGGUAUUGGACUUGCAAGUCUCUUUACAGAAAAUGUACUGGCUCAUCCUUGCAUUGUUCUACGCCGCCAGUGUCAGGUUAAUUACCAUGCUCGGCAUUAUCAUCUCACUCCAUUUACAGUCAUCAAUAUUAUGUACAGCUUCAACAAAACUCAGGGGCCAAGGGCCCUUUGGAAAGGAAUGGGAAGUACAUUCAUUGUCCAGGGAGUCACACUUGGAGCAGAAGGAAUAAUUAGUGAAUUCACACCUUUACCAAGGGAGGUUUCACAUAAAUGGAAUCCUAAACAAAUAGGAGAACACCUUCUGCUGAAAUCUAUAGCUUACACCAUUGCUAUUCCACUUCCUCUGGCCAGCAGCCUUGAGGUUAUCCAGAGUGAGAUAAUUCGAGAUAAUACUGGGAUUUUGGAAUGUGUUAAAGAAGGCAUUGGAAGAGUGAUAGGCCUGGGAGUGCCUCAUAGCAAACGACUACUUCCUCUUCUCUCCUUGAUCUUCCCCACGGUGCUGCAUGGGGUUCUUCAUUACAUCAUCAGCUCCAUCAUUCAGAAGAUCGUCCUACUCAUUCUAAAGAGAAAGACUUAUCAUGGCCACCCAGCUGAGAGCACUAGCCCAGUGCAGAGUAUGCUGGAUGCUUAUUUUCCAGAACUUAUUGCUAACUUUGCUGCCAGUCUUUGCUCUGAUGUUAUACUUUACCCCUUGGAAACAGUUUUGCACCGCCUUCACAUUCAAGGAACACGCACAAUAAUUGACAAUACAGACCUUGGCUAUGAAGUGCUUCCAAUCAAUACACAGUAUGAGGGAAUGAAAGACUGUAUCAAUACCAUUAAGCAGGAGGAAGGAAUGCUUGGUUUUUAUAAAGGGUUUGGUGCUGUUAUAAUACAGUACACACUGCAUGCAGCUGUCCUACAGAUUACCAAAAUCAUUUACUCUACGCUUCUUCAAAAUAGCGUUUGAGAUAUAAGUUCCCGAUUAGUCUAAAAGGCACAAUCUGGACACUUUGCUAUGAAAUUGUAGGGUAUAAAAGUGAUACUAGGGGGGAAAUGGAUUAUAAGUGAAACUGGUAGAGAAAGCCCAUGCUCAUUAUAUUGACUUUUUUUUUAAGGCCUAGGUCUCUUUGGGAUCAAAAGUAUUCCAAAUUUGAAAACUCAAUAAAAAUAAUACUCAUCAAUUAAAUUCUAGCUAGUGUAGCACGCAUACUGAACUAAAAUUGGUCUUGAGCAGAAGCAAAAAUUUAUCAGCAAACACAAAACAAAAUUUUACAGAGCUGAAUUUAUUCCAUCUAACUUUAAUAUUUAUUACAUGUUAAUUUUACCUUCUUGGUUGAUAUUGUUAUGCCAUCCUUAAUAUAUAGUAUCAAGAGGUCAUAGUUUACCUUCAAGCAAAUAAAUAUGUAACCAAUGAUAAUGAUGAGAAGGAUUAGAUUUGGCAAUCUGUAAUCAGGAGUUGAAGUUUUAAAUUGUAUUAUCCCUAUAUAACGUUUUAAUGGCUGCAUAUUUAUUACAUAAAGCCAUUUAUGUUCACAUACAAAACUUGGAAUUUCCUUCCUUUCAACAAAUUUUCCAUCUUUAGAUCAGCUUAUUGCAUAAGAUGAAGUCACACACUUUCUGCUUAAAUAUAAAAAUAAAAUAUUAAAAGCCAAGUUAUCCAAAGAUUUAAGGCAAACAAUAUACUUGUCUAUAUCCAAAAACAGCAUUUCGGUGCCAGCAACUUAAUAUUCGUCAUAUGUUUAUAAAGCUUGAUUUGCUUACCUAGUUAUGUGAAUCAUCAGGCUGUUUUUAGAGCCACUCUUAACAGAGAUAGAAAAUAAAAUAAUCAUGACAACUAUUACUGUUUCUAAAUUUAGAAAUUGUGUACUGAAAGGAAUGUCACUUGUCUUUCAUUUCUGAAUGACCUGUCUUAGUGGAGACGCAAUUAAAAUUCACCUGGGAAUUUG